UUUACGAUAACAAACAAUUUAGAAAAUUUUUUAUGCAAAAUUAACUUCACUCUUCACAAAAUAAAUUAAAUCGCCAUAAUGGGCUCGAAGGUGGAAUGCCAACAAAGGCUAUCAACAGAAUGUCGGGAUUUUUAUAUAUAUCAUAAGCCUCAGCCGCUACCAACCACUCGUGUCAACUAUUAUAGAAAAUUUUACUUUCGCGAACUUGUUGACCAAUAUAUGUAUUCAAAUAUUCAUCCCGACCUUCCUGAUGAUUUUUAUAUUAAUGAAACGGAGUAUUAUGAUAGGUUUUGCAAAGGUCACGAUGAUCCUCAUGCACUACUAAAAAGACAAAUUUUAAAAAAUAAAUAUCCUUUGUACAGUACACGUGCUAUAACUACAUAUAAUAAGUCUGGUGAUCCCAGAAAGGAGUUCAAAAGGUGUUCCUCUAUAACGAAGCCAGUAUAUAUGCAAAGUACAAAGUUUGGCUGAGAAGUUACAUAUUGUAUAUAAAUUAAAUUUUUGUAUGGUGAAGAUAUGAUAUACUUUUUGUAGAAACUAAUAAUAAACAUUUCAAUGGUGUCAUUUUUUA